GGCCACGUGCUUCGGCGACGGCGUGGACUUCGAGCUCGUCGAGGCCAUGCGCGCCGCGCAACAGGAGUUCCUCCGAAUCCUCCCCAGCUUCCGCGUGUUCGCCACGUUCCGGAAGGUCGCGAGGCUGCUGUACCAUGAUAGAUGGAAGCAGCUGGUCCAUUCUCGCCGGAGGCAGGAAGAGAUGUAUCUCCCGCUGAUCAGAGCACGCCAGGAGCGGCGAGGCACGGCGACGGCGACGACGACGUCGUACGUGGACACUCUCCUAGACCUCGAGGUCCCGGACGAAGGCGACCCGCGCGAGCGGCGGAAGCUCUCCGACGGCGAGAUGGUGGGCCUCGUGUCGGAGUACCUCGGCGCCGCGACGGGGACGGUCCUCGCCCUGCUGGAGUGGACGCUGGUGAACCUCGUGCUGCGGCCGGGCAUCCAGAGCCGGCUGCGGCGCGAGCUCGGGGCGGCCAGCGGCGGGGCGUGCGCGUACCUGCGGGCGGUGGUGAUGGAGUCGCUGCGGCGGCACCCGCCGGUGCCUUCUGUGCAGCGGCACAUGAGCCGCGACGUGGUGGUCGGCAGCACGCCGGUCACGCGGGGCACCUUGGUCAACUUCUCCCUGGAGGACAUCGGCAGAGAUGGCAAGAUAUGGACGUCUCCUGAAGAGUUCAUUCCGGACCGGUUCAUGCCCGGCGGGGAAGGAGAAGGCGUGCGGCUGACCGUCGGCGGCAGCAAGGAGGCAGCGAAGGUGAUGAUGAUGCCGUUCGGGGCCGGGCGGAGGAUAUGCCCCGGGAUGGGGUACGCGAUGCUUCACAUAGAGUACUUCCUCGCCAACCUGAUCACGGCCUUCGAGUGGCAUCCGGUCGAAGGGGAAGCGGUGGAUCUGAGAGCGGAGCAUGGGUUCUUCACCACCAUGCUUCGUCCGCUCCGUGCGCGGGCUGUGCCGAGGGUUAAACAAGCGUGACAUCGCUUACUGUAUUUCUUCUUUUUUUUGAAAGAUGUCUUUCUUCGUCUCCCCAGCCUCAGAUGCAUUCUUCCUCCAAAAAUAGCGGUGCGGAAUUCAGGGGAAAAAGGGAAAAGACAAAGGGUUGGAGGUUGAUGGGCCCGCCCACCUGACUGGAUAAGAAAUGAGAACGUUGUCGUGUGGUCGGACAGACUACACAGU